AUGCCCCGGCUUCUGGCCUCACCGCAUCUCACCGCUUCUCACACCGCGUCACCGCCAUUUCCGCCUUCCCAAUUCUUCCAGUCGCGCGCUUCGAAUGCGUCAGGCGGAUGUCUAGGCGGAAAAUGGGACGACAUUACUCUUACUCUCCGCCGCGACAUUAGCUCGGGGGACGACCGGGGGAACCGCGGAAGACAAGGGAGCGCGGAGAGCUCUGCGGGGCGGAGUUGGGGGGAAGGGCGGAGCAGGCGGAGAGGGGUGUGUUGCGCAACGGGGACGGGAUUCGGAGGGGGACAGGGGACUGGGGAAAGCGCAGGCGGGGCGAGAGGGAGCAGCGCAUCCAAGAAGGACAAUAAGAAGCAAGACAGCGGCGCGUUUGGGGGGCUGGACUGGAGAGAAGUGGCCCGCCCUGCUCCUCCCAUGCUGGAUCUGUCUAAACCACGGGUGAGUGGCGGGGACAAGGGUGCGUUGCUAGAGGAGGUGCUAGCAGAUGGCAUCAGGAGAAGUCAAAGGGGUGGUCGCGCGCGUGAUGUGUGGAUGGUGAUGGAGCCGGCGUUCCUGGACCAUCCGUCCCUGGCAUCACUCAAGGCAGCCAUUCGCCCGCCCACUGCUGCAAUCGUCUCCACCAAUGGCGACUGGAUGCUCACCAUCGUGCACGAAAUGCUGCCGCAGGCUACCAUCGGCAAGUUCUACGCCCCAACACCACAACUGCCUGACCCGCUAAAGUCCAAGCUCACUCCAGGGGAUGUUGCCUUGGGUGGUGGGGGUAUCUGGCACUGA